AUGGCUGCGACUCUUUCCUCCUCGGCAUCCGCCACCCUUCGCUCCCUCUCUAUCCCAGAGGGAAGCACAUUCUCCUCUUCCUCCCGGACGGCAAUCCCUGGGUUUUCCGGCCUCAAGGCCCAGAAGGCCCUUUCCGCCUCUGCUCAAACAUGCACCUGCAUGACGUGCGCGAAAUGCGGUAACCGUCUCACAGGCGUCGUCGCCAUGGCCAGCGGCGACAACCAGUUCGCGAGCGUCUCCCAGUCCACCGCCGCUCCCGCCGCUCCUGCCGCCACCGCCCUCCUCCCCGCCAUCGUCGGCGCCGGCGCUCUGGGCGCCGCGACCUACGUCGCCGUGAAGAAGCUCACCGCGUCUCCCGCCGCCGCUCCCGCCGCACCCGCCCCCUCCUCUCCUGCGGUCACCAGCGUGCCGCCCAGCGGCAUCGUGCCCCGCGCGAAGCACGCGGCGGCGUCGGCGCUGUCGACGAUGGCGACGACGUUCCCGUCGGCGAUGCAGGAGGAGGCGUUCCUGAAGGCCGUGGCGGUGGAGCUGGCGAAGCUGGGGUUCCGCAAGGACAACGGCAUUGCGCUGGUGAACACGUGCCGCGACGAGGUGUGCCGGCCCGUGGUGAGCAUCAUCGACCGCGAGUUCGGGCUGAGCUUCAACAUCUCGGGGCUGGGCGGGCUCGUCAACUGCGGCAAGGUCGGCUUCGGAGCCGCCAUGAGCCACUCGCCCGAGUUCCCCUGCGACGUCGACGGCAACCUCAAGGAGCGAUACAUCUUCUUUGCGUUCCCGCACGUGUCCAUCGGCGAGUCGGGCGAGGUGGGGUCGCUGCUGCGUCGCGGUCGCGGCAAGGCGUCGAGCGCGUGCGGAGCGUUGAUCGCCAUCAACAACGACAUCAACAACGGCGUGGCGCCCAGCAUGGAUAGCGACGACCCCGAGUACACGCUGCUGCGCAAGAAGAUCAUGACUAAGGUGUCACCGGGCGGCAACCAGUCGCUGGUGGACGUGACGCGCGCGGCGCUGGCGGCGAUCAACGAGGACUUGGAGAAGCUCAUCUCGCUCACGGUGAACCCCGCCACGGCGGACUACGCCGUGAUCACGGGCGUGCAGAUCCACUCGGGCGACCAGAUUCCCGGCCAGCCCUUCCGCAUCGAGCGCACCUGCGACUACAUCGCGCCCGACAAGAUCGCUUUGCCCACCUCGCGACCCUCGCCCAUCGCCCGACGCCCUCGCCGCCUAGCCGACCGUCGACCUCGCUUCCCUCGCCCAUCGCUCUCGCUUCCCCCGCCAGUCGCUCUCGCUUUCCCCGCCUACCACCCUCGCGGAAGCCCGUCCCCCUCGCCGCUUCCCCGCCCGCCGCCCUCGCUUCCGCCCGUCGCCCUCGCAUCUGCCCGUCACCCGCCCUUCCGCCCGCCGUCCAUCCUUCCCCUCGUCGCGCUCCCUUCCGCCCGUCGCCCUCCCUUCUUCUCGUCGCCCUCCCGUCCUCCCGUUGCCUUCCCUUCCGCCCUCCGCCCUUCCUUCCCCUCGUCGCGCUCCCUUCCGCCCGUUGCCCCCCUUCGUCUCGUCGCCCUCCCUGCCGCUCGUCGCCCUCCCUCCCGCGAGUCCCCUCGCAAUCCCCGUCUAUCUAUCUCCCCCGUCGCCCUCGGUUUCCCCGCCGCCCUCCCAUCCACUCCUCGUUGCCCUCGCCAUCCCUCCCUUCUCCCUUCUCAUCUCGCACACUUGUCACCCCCCCUUUCCAACCCGCACAUACACCCUUCCCUCUCCCCAAUAAUCGCCUUUCACCCCCACACUGCUUACCUCUCUCCCUCUUCCCCCCAUCAAUUGCCCUGCUCCCCACCGUCCUCCCCCCAGCUCUCUCCCCGGCAUCUCUCCCGCUCCCCACGUCCUCUUCCCUGUUUCCCCGUAUCCCCUGCAAUGCUUCCCCCCAUCUUCUUCCCUGUUUCGCCGUAUCCCCUGCGCUGCUUCCCCCCAUUCUCUGACUUGCUUCCCCCCAUCUCUUUCCCUGCUCCCCCCCGUCCACUCCCCUGCCUCCCCCCAUCCCCGUCCCUGCUUUCCCCCAUCCCCUUUCCUGCUUCCCCCCGUCCCCUCCCCUGCCUCCCCCCAUCCCCUUCCCUGCUUUCCCCCAACCCCUUCCCUGCUUCCCCCCAUCCCCUUCCCUGCUUCCCCCCAUCCCGUUCCCUGCUUCCCCCCAUCCCCUUCCCUGUUUCCCCCCAUCCCCUUCCCUGCUUCCCCCCAUCCCCUUCCCUGUUCCCCCCAUCCCCUUCCCUGCUUCCCCCCAUCCCCUUCCCUGCUUCCCCCCAUCCCCUUCCCUGCUUCCCCCCAUCCCCUUCCCUGCUUCCCCCCAUCCCCUUCCCUGUUUCCCCCCAUCCCCUUCCCUGCUUCCCCCCAUCCCCUUCCCUGCUUCCCCCCAUCCCCUUCCCUGCUUCCCCCCAACCCCUUCCCUGCUCCCCCCCAUCCCCUUCCCUGCAUCCCCCCAACCCCUUCCCUGUUUCCCCCAUCCCCUUCCCUGCUUCCCCCCAUCCCCUUCCCUGUUUCCCCCCAUCCCCCUCCCUGCUUCCCCCCAUCCCCUUCCCUGCUUCCCCCCAUCCCCUUCCCUGCUUCCCCCCAUCCCCUUCCCUGCUUCCCCCCAUCCCCUUCCCUGUUUCCCCCCAUCCCCUUCCCUGCUUCCCCCCAUCCCCUUCCCUGCUUCCCCCCAUCCCCUUCCCUGCAUCCCCCCAACCCCUUCCCUGCUUCCCCCCAUCCCCUUCCCUGCUUCCCCCCAUCCCCUUCCCUGCUUCCCCCCAACCCCUUCCCUGCUGUCGACCUCUCUUUCCCCCUCCCGUCAACCUCGUCUUUGUUAAGGUUUGCUCGCUCUGUUUCACCCUUGCUCACUCUGUUUCACCCUUGCUCACUCUGUUUCACCCUUUCUCGCUCUGUUUCACCACUGCUCCCCAACCCCCUUCUCUUCUCACUCUCUUCCCCCUUGCUCCCUCUCUUCACUUCUGCUCACUCUGUUUCCCACUGCUUCCUCUCUUCCCCCCUUCUCACUCUGUCCCCCGCUGCUUCUUCUCUUCCCUUCUGCUCACUCCUUUUACUGUCUUUUCCCCUUCACUCACCCCCCCCUCCCCCAAUGCAGGGUACAGAAAGGGAGGAAGGGAGGAAGGAUGGGGUGUGGAGGAGAUGGGGUGGGGCGGAGUUGGUGGAAUGGGGAGUGGGGUGGGGCGGAGAUGGGGUGUGGAGGAGAUGGGAAGCACGGCGGGAGUGGCGGGGCGAGUGGAAAGGGACGGGAGGGACGGGGAGAUGAGGGAUGGGGAGAUGAGGGAUGGGGAGACGAGGGAUGGGGAGAUGAGGGAUGGGAGGAUGAGGGAUGGGGAGAUGAGCGACGGUAAGAUGAGAGACUGGGAGUUGUGGGAUGGGGAGGGAAGGGAGUGGGAGGCGGGGAUGGGGAGGUGUGGGAUGGGGAGGGAAGGGAGUGGGAGGCGGGGAUGGGGAGGUGUGGGAUGGGGAGGGAAGGGAGUGGGAGGCGGGGAUGGGGAGGUGUGGGAUGGGGAGGGAAGGGAGUGGGAGGCGGGGAUGGGGAGGUGUGGGAUGGGGAGGGAAGGGAGUGGGAGGCGGGGAUGGGGAGGUGAGGUAUUAGAUAUGAGGGAUGGGGAGGAGAGGGAUGGGGAGACGAGGGAUGGGGAGACGAGGGAUGGGGAGAUUAGUGAUGGGGAGAUGAGGGACGGGGAGAUGAGGGAUGGGGAGAUGAGGGACGGGGAGAUGAGGGAUGGGGAGAUGAGGGACGGGGAGAUGAGGGAUGGGGAGAUGAACGCGUAUGCGACGGGAGCGAGGAAUGCCUUCUCGGUCGAGGGGAGGGUGCGUGCGUGUGUGACGGCAGGGAGAUGA